CAGCCAUUUCACAAUAGCCAUUUCUUGGCUUCUUGGUCGGCAGCACCACAAAGCCGCCUUGUCUCGUCACCGCUUCACGGUAUCCCUCCCGUAGCACUUCGUCGUUAUCUCUACGUAUUACUGUAGAGCGGAACUCGUUACAUCCGAGCCACAAUGGCUGCCAUUCACGCAUCAGCAGCGACACGCCUCGUCACGCAGUCGCCGAUCGUCACGCCAAGCCGUCGACAUGAGACUUGCUCUGUAUCCCGUUCGGCGUUCUUUUCUGGUCCCUCACGCGCCUUAACAUCCACCUAUCAGAUCCUUGGACCUCUCUCCUCUGCGCGGCCGACGUCCAUGUCGUCUCAGCCUGCCACUCUCGGGUUUGCGCCAUUGGAUGCUCGCCGCUUUACCGUUUCCGCGCAAGCCGCGGGCUCGGAUUCCGCAAAGGUCGGCCCAGUGGCAGUGGUCGGAGGCACUGGUUUUGUUGGCUGUGCACUCGUUAAAGCUCUCCUGGCAGAGGGCGAGCAAGUGAAGGUGCUCACGCGUUCAGUGGACCGAGCAAAGGAGGUGUUUGCAGGCACUAAUGGCGUGGAGCUGGUGGGGCCAGCGGGGUGGGCAGCAGCAGUGGCAGGCAGUGGGUCCGUGGUGAAUCUGGCUGGCAAACCCAUCAGCACGCGGUGGAGCCCCGCGACCAAGGCUGAGAUCAUUUCAAGCCGCGUGGAUACCACUUCAAAGAUUGUGGACGCUAUUAACUCGCUCCCCAAGGACAAACGCCCUUCGGUGCUUGUCAGCACAUCGGCUGUCGGCUUCUAUGGGACGAGUGAGACUGCCACCUUUGACGAAACCAGCCCUUCUGGCAACGAUUUCUUGGCAGAGGUGUGCAGGAAGUGGGAGGCAGAGGCGCAGAAAGUCUCCCCUGACUCGACCCGCCUCGCUAUAAUCCGCUUCGGAGUGGUGCUGGACAAGGGCGGCGGUGCUCUGGGCAAGAUGCUGCCCGUCUUCCAGCUCUUCGCAGGGGGCCCUCUUGGCACUGGGCAGCAAUGGAUGUCAUGGGUUCACCGCGACGAUCUAGUGGCUCUCAUCAUUGAAUCUCUGCGCAACAAGGAGUUCAGUGGGGUGCUCAACGGCACGGCCCCCAGCCCCGCCCGCAUGGCUCAGUUCUGCGAGGCGCUAGGCUCCGCCAUCGGCCGCCCCUCCUGGCUGCCCGUGCCCAACUUCGCCGUGCAGACGCUUCUAGGGGAGGGAGCCAUGGUGGUGCUGGACGGGCAACGGGUGCUUCCCAAGCGUACAGAGAGCCUGGGCUUCCGCUUCAAGUACCGGAACAUUCAGAAUGCGCUCUCCGCCAUCUUCUCCUCUUGAUGCUGAGUCGUUACAGUGUUCUUCAGUGCCUCCCUUCUAAGUGGACAGCGAGCUUCGGCUUUCGGUUUACUUACUACAGACAUCCAGAAUGCACUAUGUGCUACCAUAAUUUUCUUGAGUGUCUGUCUUUACCCUCAAAUCUGUGCCAGCUUGUUCGUUCUGAAGAGUAUUGUCUUCUUGCGUCAGCCUUGGCUCUCCUCCAGCCAGUGCAUGGUGGUAGCAGUAGAAAGUGAGCGGGUUUGUGGUUUAGGGAAUCUUGUCUUGUCAAAUGAAUAACUCACUACUAGAAACAAAUUACUG